AAAAAACUGCCCUUUUUUAAUCACAUUACACAAGUAAGAGCAGCCAACUUUUCAAAACGCAGGGAGAGAGAAAAAAAGGAGGUUAACUUGAGGAGGUGCAUAGCAAUAGUAUAUGGGAUGGAGUCCAACAACGUAAUCGCACCGUUCGUUAUGAAGACUUAUAUGAUGGUCAAUGAUCCAACGUCUGAUAUGUUAAUCACCUGGGGUAGAGCCAACAACAGCUUCAUCGUUGUCGAACCUUUGGAUUUCUCACAGAGGGUCUUACCGGCAUACUUCAAGCACAACAAUUUCUCUAGCUUUGUUCGUCAACUCAAUACUUAUGGUUUUAAAAAGGUGGAUCCGGAUAGAUGGGAAUUUGCGAACGAGUGGUUUCUUCGAGGCCAAAAGCACUUACUGAAGAACAUAGUAAGGAGAAAGCACAGUAAAAGUCCGUACAUGCUGGCGAAAAGUGAAGAUUUUGACGAUGAAGAAAUAAUCAUGGAGAUAGAAAGGUUAAAGCAAGAACAGAAGUCGUUAGAGGAAGAGCUCCAAGGGAUGAACAAGCGUUUAGAAGCCACGGAGAGACGGCCGCAACAGAUGAUGGCUUUUCUUUACAAAGUCGUUGAAGACCCUGACCUUCUUCCUCGCAUGGUAAUUGAAAAAGAACGAAGCAAGAAACAACUGGGUGAAAAAAAGAGACGGCUGAUGAUUUCUUCAUCACCGUCUUCUUCUUCAGGCAUGGGUUUAUCAAGUUCAAUAAAGUCUGAAGAGGACGAAGUGGGAACCCUGGGAGUAAUAUCAUCACCGGAUUCAGGCUUUGAUAUUGAUCAUAACAUGUGUCAAUCAUCACCAUCACCGUCACCAGAAAAUUCAAUAGAAUGGUUAGGGCAAAGACAACUAAAUUAUGGGUGUGCAGCGUUUCCUACUGCCAUUUCGGCGGUUCCGGCAAGCGCUGGUUUUGGAAAUCCUAUGGCGGUGUCGAGGCCAGGAAAUAGUAUCUCUUAUUUUGGAGAAAUGGUGGAGGCAAGUCCACCACCACCUUAUCCAUUUUCGCUGUUAGAAGGUGGCUUUUAGUUCCUUAUCACAAGAAUUAUGUUGGAUUCUACCUCUUGUAUUAAUUUUUUUUUUUUUUUUUUUUUUGCUCUUUUUCCUUUUCGUUUUAUA